UCUCUCAGCCAACAGCCUUAUCGCAGAAUGCAGAUAGGAACUAUGAGAGCGGCUACCGGUUUCUGACGGUGCGCGUUGCUGGCCGGACCGUGUGUAGCAACAAACAAAGUCGCGUUAACCCGCAGAUUUCUAUUAAGUCCUUUACCUACCAGGUGUGAGCUAUUUAUACGGUCUCUAGCCGAGGAACCCGGAUGUGUUGAUGCCGCGCAAUGACAGCGAGUGACACGUAGCAGACACUGGCUCAGUGACAAGGAGGGCUGCUUCGUUUGAUCGCUGCCAGUCAUGAGAAUCCUUUUCUUGGCCUGCCUCCGAGCUCACACUGGCAACUCCACAACCGCCCUGCGAAUCAAGGAUCACCUGGAAGCAGCAGGUCAUGCUUGUGUGCUUAAAGAUGCAGCAGCACUGGAAAGCUCUGAAAUAGAAGCUUUAAUGUCUCAGGAAAAGUUUGAUGCCGGACUAAUCAUACAACUUUAUAAAGCUGGCCGGUUUCUUCUGGGUAACCGAAUUCCCUUUGGUGCCAUCUUUGGAGGAACUGACAUUAAUGAAGAUGUCAAAAAUGAAGAGAAAUGCAGAGUUAUGGGAGCUGUGCUUGAAGAGGCCAGAUUUGUCGUGGCUUUUACUCACGAGAUUAAAGAGCUGGCUGCAUCAAAGUGGCCUCAUGCCAAGCAUAAAAUACAUAUUCAACCUCAAGGGAUUUUAACAAUGCCAAGUGAAUAUUUUGAUUAUGAAGCAUUUCUGCAGAAUGCAGGUAUUCUACACAAACCAGGGCAUUUGCAUCUUUAUGUCUUGAUAUGUGGACUGAGAAGAGUGAAAGAUCCCCUUUAUUUGGCUGAAAUAUUUGCAAAGUGGCAUGAAAAGGAACCAAAUGUUUACUUGGCUAUUAUUGGACCAACGGUUGAUCCUGUAUUUACAAAGGAAGUUGAGAAUAAGCUUGAAGAAAUUGAUGGUGUACAUCUGAUUAAGGAAAUCCCUCAAUCAGACCUGCAAGCCGUUAUAAAGAGAAGUUUUGCAUUGGUGAACAGCUCUUUGUCUGAAGGGAUGUCAGCAGCUAUACUAGAGGCGAUGGAUUUAGAAAUCCCAGUACUAGCAAGGGAUAUACCUGGAAACAGUGCAAUAAUAAAACAUGAAGAUACCGGCCUACUCUUUUCUACCCCUCAGGAGUUUGUCCAGCUGUCUAAAAGACUAAUGAAUGAGCCAGAUUUGAACAGGAGAAUUGUUUCUAAUGCAAAAAGAUAUGUCAACACCAACCAUUCAUGGGAACUCGAAAGGGAGACCUAUCAAACACUUAUACUAAACCUGCAAGUGAAUGGAAAUAUGUGAACGACUAUACCUACCAUCACAAUGACCUAUUAUCUGCCAGACUUUCUAAGGCCUUUGUGUAGCGGAUCUUUCAUUUGGUGAUGCUUAAACAAAUCAACAAAAUUAUUAGUGUGUCCUAAACAUUUAGCAUCUAGUGACCUUCCACAGAUAUUGCUUCAUUGUAGUGUUUUAUAACAGUCCUGCGUUUUAAGUUAGGGCUAAAAUAUUUCACUUUUUAAUGGGUCUGGCAGUAUUUGUGCUAAACUUUUUAAAAACCUCACAAAUUUUCCACUAUUUUUAUGAAUCAAUUACUUUACGGUCAUUCGUUUUGUUGUGACUUUUUUU